CCUCCUCCCCUUGACUCCCUUCUUCCUCCUCCUCUCUCUCUCUUGUCUCCCUUCGGAAGCCAACUCCGCUCCUGCCGAGGCGCUCCAGAUCUAAAGUGUGUGACACUGCAAUCAUCUGCAAGUGUUGUUCAUUUUUACUCUCCAUCAGACAGAAGAAAGCUGACAGAAAGAUGCCAAUCCUAGAGAAAGUCACAGAGAAGAAAGAGAAAGAGGUUCACAGCCAAGAUGAGAUAGUACUUCCCAAACUUCCAGUCCCACCACUGCAACAGACCCUGCACAUGUACCUUCAGUGCAUGAAACAUUUGGUGCCAGAGGAGCAAUAUAAGAAGACAGAGGUCAUAGUAGAACGAUUUGGAGCAGCAGGAGGUCCAGGAGAAGUCCUUCAGCAAAAGCUUCUAGAAAGGCGGGACAAAAUGAAAAACUGGGUUUUAAACUACUGGCUAGAUGACAUGUACCUCAACAACCGAUUGGCUCUUCCAGUCAAUUCCAGCCCAGCCAUUAUCUUUGCUCGCCAACAGUUCCAAGAUGCCAAUGAUCAAUUAAGGUUUACAGCAAAUCUCAUUUCUGGAGUUCUUGACUAUAAAGCUCUGCUGGACACCCAUGCUAUACCUGUUGAUUUUGCUCGUGGACAGCUGUCUGGUCAUCCUCUCUGUAUGAAGCAAUACUAUGGACUCUUUUCUUCCUAUCGUCUUCCAGGACAUACCAAAGAUACCCUCGUGGCGCAGAAAAGCAAUGUCAUGCCUGAACCAGAACAUAUUAUUGUUGCUUGUAAUAAUCAGUUUUUUGUUUUGGAUGUUGUCAUUAAUUUCCGCCGUCUCAGCGAAGGGGACCUAUUUACCCAGUUACGGAAAAUAAUCAAAAUGUCAGAGAACGAAGAAGAGAGACUGCCUCCAAUUGGUCUCUUAACAUCUGAUGGACGGACAGAGUGGGCAGAUGCCCGGACAAUCCUUGUGGAAGAUUCUACAAACCGAGAUUCACUUGACAUGAUUGAACGAAGCCUAUGCUUAGUUUGCCUUGAUAGCCCAAGUGGGGAGGAACUCAAUGAUACCAGCAUGGCAUUGCAACUUCUACAUGGAGGAGGUUACAAUAAAAAUGGUGCCAAUCGUUGGUAUGAUAAACCCAUGCAGUUUGUUGUGGGAAGAGAUGGAGUCUGUGGAACAGUGUGUGAACAUUCCCCUUUCGAAGGGAUCGUCCUGGUGCAGUGCAUUGAGCAUCUACUCAAACACAUGAAAGAAGGGGCAAAGAAACUUGUUAGAGCUGAUUCAGUGAGUGAACUUCCGGCACCAAGGAGACUACGGUGGAAAUGCUCUCCAGAAAUUCAGGGGCUCUUGGCUUCAUCUGCAGAAAAACUUCAAAGGAUGGUAAAGAAUCUAGACCUCAUGGUCUAUAAAUUUGAAAACUAUGGGAAAGAAUUCAUCAAAAAGCAGAAGAUGAGCCCAGAUGCCUACAUCCAAGUAGCCCUCCAGCUAACAUUUUAUAGAUUGCAUGGGAGACUUGUUCCCACCUAUGAAAGUGCGUCCAUACGCCGGUUUGAAGAAGGGAGAGUAGACAACAUCCGAUCCGCAACUCCUGAAGCAUUAGCCUUUGCAAAAGGGAUGAUAGAUAAAAAGUUAUCUCUACAGGACUCUGAGAAAAUGCAGCGAUUUAAGGAUGCUAUUACUGCUCAGACUAACUACACUAUUUUGACUAUUACAGGAAUGGCAAUAGACAAUCACUUGUUGGGACUGCGAGAGAUGGCCCGCGAGCACUUCAAGGAACUGCCAGACAUAUUUACUGAUGAGACAUACUUGACAAGCAAUCGAUUUAUCCUCUCCACCAGCCAGGUUCCAACCACCAUGGAGAUGUUCUGCUGCUACGGCCCUGUGAUCCCAAAUGGUUAUGGGGCCUGCUACAAUCCACAGCCAGGGCAUAUCUUGUUCUGCAUUUCCAGUUUUAAAGACUGUCAAGAAACGUCCUCCAGCAAAUUUGCAAAAGCCCUGGGAGAAAGCCUCAUGGAUAUGAAGGAGCUGUGCAACAAAUGCAACUCGACUCCAACCAGCAGCCCAGCUAAACAAGGAGCAUCCUCAACGUCAAAGCUGGGCCACAAGCAUUAACCUCUGUGCCUGCUCUCCUUUUUCCUCUUCUCCAUUCUGCAGAUGCUUUUCAGGUAGAAUUAUGCUGCUCUCCGAGAGAUAGCCAUAAAGCAGAGCUGCUUUCAGUCUUCUCCAUUCUGCACCUGUGUUGGACUUCUGAUCCCAUCAUCCUCAAUCUGGGGAUGCUGGGGUUGGUGCUCUAGCACAUUUGGAGGAUGCCAGAGAAGGCUAAUCUGCUUAUUGCAAGGGAAAACAUCCAUUUCUCUUUGGCUCAGAUUCCUACCAGAUGAUAUCUUAAAUUACUUUAAGAGCUGGUGUUUCAGCUCUGCACAAAAUUAAUGUAUUAAUUAUCGAUCUCAGAAAUGGAGCCACAUAGAAUUCAUCUUAAUGUGUAUUUAGAAAUAUCCAGUUAGCAAGAAGUCAUAUUUAAGAACAGUUGUGGAUAAAGUGCACUAUAACUGCCAAAGUACGCUCUUGUUGCUCGGAAGUCACUUGUGCCCUGUCAGCACCCCCAUAAACUCAUCACACUUCCUUUUUUAGCAUCCUAGGAUGCUAAAAGGACAGUCCAGCAAUGGAUGGGCACACUGCCCAUCACACAACGUUGCUGGAAUUCUUGUUGAAGCUCCAGCCACAACCAGAGUGGAAGCGUCGUAGGACACUUCUCUCCUUAAAUGGGAACCAGCACACUUCAGCACUGCUUUGAUGACACUUCCCCUGUGUGAUGGUGAUGUCCCCCAUAUGAUGGCGCUUUCACUGACCACAGAGGCUGGCAAAACAGAGCAGCGGGAGUUGGGUCAUCCAUGUGAUGAGGUUGCCAGUCAAACAUUCAGCAGAAGUUUUCUCUUCUUCCCCCAUCCCAAGGAACCCAAACUCAAUACGAAGAUGAAACAACAACAAACAUGUCUGAUGAACAUUGCAGGUAUUCAGUUUUGGUAGUGGUCAAUUUUUCCCCAUAUACUACUAAAUCUUUUGAGACACAAUACCAUAUUGUUGACAGAGCUCUGGACACAGUCUCAGGUUCAAAUACCCCAUGCAACCCCUAACCCAGGGGUCCUCAAACUAAGGCCUGGGGGCCGGAUAUGGCCCUCCAAAGUCAUUUACCCGGCCCUCGCUGAGGGUCAACCUAAGUCUGAAAUGACUUGAAAGCACACAACAACAAGAACAACAACAACCCUAUCUCAUCAGCCAAAAGCAGGCC